CUCUUGCACCAUCAAACAGUAGAGUUUAGAGAGUUGAAAGUAAAGCUUUGAAAUGAAGAACCUUAUUCUAUGUCUUUCAAUUGUACUGUUUCUUCCCUUAGCCUUUUCAUCAAAUUUUUCUUCAAAUCUUAUCCUUCCUUCUGAAGUUUCCAGUGCCUUGUAUCCUUCAGUUCUCGACACUGAUGGCAAUCCUCUCAAAGUAGGUCUCAGAUACUUUGUGCUACCAAUUUUAAGGGGCACGGGAGGUGGCCUUAUUUUGUCUAGAGUUGUUGACAAAAAUGUUAAAAAUUGCCCACAGGACAUCGUCCAAGACCCUAAUGAACUUCAUCUUGGCCGUCCUGUGGAAUUCUUUCCUGCAUACCCUAGUAAAACUGGCGAACUUAUUCUCAAAAACAACCCCAUAAAUGUUAAGUUCUAUUCCCCUAGUGCCACAUCACGUUGUGCCAAUUUUACUGUGUGGAAGAUGGACAAGAAGUAUAAGUACGUGGUAGGUCGAGGGAAAGUAGGGAUUUUGAACAACAUACGGAACUGGUUCAGGAUUCAACCGUAUGGAAAAGGCUACAGGUUUGUGUACUGCCCUACCCUGUGUGUUCCUUGCAAGAUUAAGUGCUCUGACUUGGUCAUCUCUUAUGAGCAGCAGGGUGACAAUGCUGACAUUAGACGUUUGGCUGCCUCGGGCAAUGAACUGCCAUUUUCUGUUCAGUUCAAAAAGGCAUAGAUUGACAUGUUAAACUCCCAGCAAUGUAUUGCUCUUGUACUAAAUAAAAAGCCUAUGUGUUUGACUACAUGGCAAUAAUAUAAGAUUAAUGCUAUUUUUGAUCUGUUA